GACGUUUCAGCAGAGUCCUGCUAAAAAGAAUUUGAGGGAAAGAUCCUGCUGCUCACCAAGGGGAUCCACGGUGGCUUCCUGACGUCCGCUUUAAGGAAGUCCCAGAGUUAGCCUUACUUUACCGAUUGACUUUUUAUACCCACAAGACUUGACUCGUGAAUGUCGGGCGGACAGGAGGCUAUGAACGUGUACUCGGUAACCCUCAGCGGCCCAGCGCCUUGGGGCUUCAGGCUGCAGGGUGGCAAGGACUUCAGCAUGCCCCUCACCGUGUCAAGGCUGACCCCGGGCGGGAAGGCAGCUCAGGCUGGUGUCGGGGUAGGAGACUGGGUGGUGUCCAUCGAUGACGCUAAUGCAGAGGACAUGACCCAUGUGGAGGCACAAAACAAGAUCAGAGCGGCAACAGACUCCCUCACCCUCACCCUCAGCAAAGCUUUCAAAGCAGGCGGAGACCAGAAGGAUUCACUUGCUCCGGCUUCAGUACCAAAGUACUCCUUUGCCCCCAGCACAACAAUUAACAAGAUGGCGAGGCCAUUUACAGCAGGUGGUGGUAGCGCCAACUCAGGACCUGCUAUUAAACCCGUGGCCUACUCACCUAAACUUAACACUCCGCUCUCACAGGGCCGUGCCAGCAUGCAGCAGCCACAGAAUGGCCUUGAGCCAACUCCCUCACCUGCCAAGGCCCAGGCAGCAGAUAAACCAGAUGGCUCCAAGACUGCAGCUGCAGCAGCAGGCAGAUCAGGUCCUUCCGUUCGACCGCCGUGGGUCACCGACCCUAAUUUCGCCGACCGUUUUCGCCCAGACAAGACCAGCACGAUCGUGACCCAGCACCAGCAGCUGGUCGAACCGACGCCUAUGCAGAACCGCAGCUCCAUCCUGCAGGCAGCGCAGCAGGCACCCGAGGACAGCGGGAGGACCCCGCUAUGUGGGGCCUGCAACAAAAUCAUAAGAGGUCGGUACCUGGUGGCGCUGGGACGUUCUUGGCACCCGGAGGAGUUUACGUGUUCACAGUGUAAGGCGGUCCUGGAUGAAGGAGGCUUCUUCGAGGAGAGAGGGUCUGUCUACUGUACCAAGUGCCACGAUAACCGAUACGCUCCAAACUGCGCCAAGUGCAAAAAGAAGAUCACGGGGGAAAUCAUGCACGCCCUGAAGAUGACCUACCACGUUCAGUGUUUCAAGUGUGCGGCCUGCAAGACUCCCAUCAGGAACCAGGCCUUUUACAUGGAGGAGGGCGAACCCUACUGUGAGAAAGACUAUGAGAAGAUGUUUGGCACCAAAUGCCACGGCUGUGACUUUAAGAUUGAUGCCGGGGAUCGGUUCCUGGAGGCCUUGGGCUACAGCUGGCACGAUACGUGCUUCGUCUGUGCUCUCUGCCAAAUCAACCUGGAGGGGAAGACGUUCUACUCCAAGAAGGAUAAGCCCCUGUGCAAAGGCCAUGCCUUUGCUCCAGUGUGAACAAGCUAGCUUCAUCUUCAGAGGAAGGAGCACUUCUCUCUCUAUCUCUCUUCACUCCAGUCCACCCUCCGGCGCACUCGUACACACUCUACAUCUCGUCUUCCCCAGCCACACACCUAGUUAAAACUUUAUUUUUUCCCAUCCUGCAGACUUUGUUUUUUAUAUUUGAGGCUUAAAGUUAAAGCGUCAUGUGUUGUUACCAUGUUGUUUGGACAAUUCAAAUGUUACUGCCUGUAAUGCCAAAUGCUGUGUUGUUUAACUGGAAGUAGUCAAGGAAUUAUUUCAUGUCAUCGCCGAGUCAUUUUUUUUUUUUUUAGAUUAGACAGUAGAAACUGAGCUGAAGUUCAUCUAGAUUUAAUCGUAGCCAUCAAUGAAAAAUCCUCCAGACUCUGCUGACGUCCACCUUGUUCAGUCUGAAGUAAGAUCAAGUCAGUAUCUUCCAAGUUGAAGGAGUCACUUAGCCACUAAUAAUCUCACAUAUUGCUGUAAUGAUUUGCCACUACUCCAGUACCAAGUGUAGAGAAUUGGUGGCCCCUAUUAGGACCCCGGCCCACUCAUCGACUCUUACUAUAGUGCCUAUUAAUGUGAUGGGGUCCAGUCAAGCAGAAAAGGGGGUGCCCUUUUUCUGCCUGAUUGGACUCCUGCACCUCUCCACAGAAGCACUCGUUGCUCUACUUAUCACUUUGGCUCCAGCAAAUCAGAGCACACACUGCAGUUAAUAACUAUAAUUCUGAGUCAUUUAUUAAACCUUAAUUGGUCUUUUUUUAGUAUUCAUAGAUGUGGGUGACAAAGAAUUUGCUAUUAUUGUUUUUACACUCAAUUUAUCAGACAUUUCAAGGUAAGAAAAAACACAAAAACAUUUGUCCCUCAUGUUACUAUGAUUAUUGUGAUUGUUCCUUUGAGUACUUUCAAGCUAUGGUUUAUUAUAUAUUUAUAUUGCUUCUGAAUGGGCCUGUAAGUGUUGUUUUUACAGUUGCUGGACGUUUCAAAUAAAAUUAAUCUGUAAUGCCACGUUCUGGGGCAGA